AUGGAAGUAGACGGGUGUGACCGUGAACUUGAACUAGACCAGGCGUGUGUAACCUUCAAUGUUAGAAAUAAUUAUUCUCUUUAUUCUCUGACCUCCGACUGCAAUUUGUGUCCCUUUACUAAAUUAACCCAGCUGGUACAAUCAAACACAAGUUUCAUCUUCAACAGCUUUAAAACCUGGAACUGGAGAUUUUUUAAUGGAACAGAUUUAGAUGACGUUCUUGGAACCGAUGGAACAGAGGGCUUGGUGUGCGAAUUAAGGCCCGACUUGGGCCAAUUUGGAGUGUAUCAAGUCUUUCCGGAAAAAUGCGAGCUCGAAAUUACAAAACGACCGUCCAAUCCUUACACACCUCUCUUCAUCAUCUGUGGAGCUCUGGUACUAUCACUGAUGAUCAUCGCCCUUCUAAAGACAACUGUGACCUAUUAUCUGUCCAAGAAACGCUCGGCCAUCAGCGAAGAACCACCUAAGCCCCUCACCAGACGAAUUCAGUCCAUUGACAGCUUUCGGGGAUUGAGCAUAGUGAUGAUGAUUUUCGUCAACAACGGCGCUGGAGGGUACCCGGAACUUGGCCACGCGACCUGGAACGGGCUCUUAGUAGCCGACCUAAUUUUCCCCUGCUUCAUCUGGAUCAUGGGGGUCUGCAUACCCUUGUCGCUCUCAUCAUCCCUGUCUCGAGACGUUCAUCGGGUUAAACUGGUCCUGAGUAUCUUGCAGCGAAGCUUCCUGCUGUUCCUUAUCGGUGUGAGCUUAAACACUCUCGGAACCGAUGCUGACCUGGCCACAAUCAGAAUCUUCGGAGUCCUGCAGCGGUUCGGAGUCGCAUACCUGGUGGUCGGGUUGGUUUAUACUUUGAUGAGCCGCAGGCGAGACUUGACGUUCCAGCGAGGAAUCUUUCAGUUCUUUACUGAUUUUAUUCUGCUGAUUCCUCAGUGGAUUUUUUACAUCACGCUUCUAGUGGUUUACUUUGGAAUCAUCUUUCAUCUAGAUAUUCCAGGAUGUCCAAGUGGUUACUUCGGACCUGGCGGCCUUCACGACAACCAAAAGUUCCAGAACUGUACAGGUGGCGCUCUAGGGCUUCUCGAUAAAAAGAUUCUAACCCCGGAACAUCUUUACCAGUCCCCUGCCAUCAAUGACGUUUACCAAUCUGGGCCGUUUGAUCCCGAGGGCCUUAUUGGCUGCCUGCCGACCAUUUUCCAAACCUUCUUGGGCGUUCAAGCUGGAAAAAUCCUUCGAGUUUAUAAAGAUUGGCGAUCACGAGUUGCAAGAUGGAUGACUUUAGCACUAAUUUACGCUCUUAUUGGCUCAGUUUUGCAUUUUAAUAACAUUAUUCCGGUCAACAAAAAUUUAUGGUCUAUUUCAUUUGUAUUAGUGACGACAAGCUUUGCUCUGACUGUUUUCAGCAUUUUUUACAUAUUAAUUGACGUAAUUAAACUUUGGGAUGGAUCUCCGUUCCGAGUUCCAGGUAUGAAUGCCCUUGUCAUGUACGUCGGACAUCACAUUUGCUACCAGAUAUUCCCGUUCCAUUGGAAGUACGGGAACAUGAACUACCAUGGCUGGAGAACAAUAACCGCAAUGUGGGAUACUGGUCUUUGGGUUGUCGUUGCUUAUAUUUUACAUUAUAAAAAAAUAUAUAUAACUUUGUGA